GAAAAACAUUCAUCUAUCUCUUAGCUUCUUCCCACUAUCAAUAAGGCAAGGAGGGAGAUACUCACAAAAGAGUUGAUCUUUCCUUGCCUGUAAGAGAAUAAUAUAUAAUAAAAGAGGGGAAAAAUCACCAAAAGAGAGAAAUAUAUAUCUAUAGAAAUGGCUCGUGCAGCUAUUUCCGUGGUGAUGCUUUGCCUCUUUGCUGCAACUGUGAUUGCUGAAGAUCCAUAUGUCUACUACACAUGGAAUGUCUCUUAUGGCACCAUUUCUCCAUUCGGUGCUCCAAAACAAGCUAUCCUCAUCAACGACCAGUUCCCUGGCCCUGAAAUCAACUGCUCCAGCAACAACAACAUUGUUGUCAAUGUCUUCAACAACCUCGACGAGCCACUCCUCUUCACCUGGCACGGAAUCCAACACAGGAAGAACUCAUGGCAAGAUGGUACCCCAGGUACCAUGUGCCCCAUCCUUCCUGGCACCAACUUCACCUACAAGUUCCAGGUCAAGGACCAAAUUGGUACCUACUUCUACUACCCAAGCCUUGGCCUCCACAGAACCGCUGGUGGUGUUGGUGGUCUCAGAAUCUUCAGCAGGUUGUUGAUCCCAGUUCCGUACCCAGAUCCCGAGGCUGAGCACUGGUUCCUCAUUGGUGACUACUAUGCCAAGAGCCACACGGCCUUGAAGCAGAUCCUUGACAAUGGCGGCUCCCUUGGAAUGCCUAAUGGUGUCCUUAUCAACGGUGAAAGUGUCAAGCAUUUGCAUAGAGACAACAAACCACAAUUCACAAUGAAGCCUGGAAAGACCUACAAAUUGAGAAUCUGCAACGUUGGUAGCAAAGACUCAUUGAACUUCAGAAUCCAAGGUCAUCCCAUGACACUUGUUGAGACUGAAGGCUCACACACCGUCCAGAACGCCUACGAGUCUCUCGACGUCCACGUUGGACAGUGCUUCACCGUUCUCAUCACCGCCAACCAGGGAAUUAUAUUUUUUUUAUUAUAA